AUGGCCGAUGAUGGAGUCAAUCCGAAGGCCUUCCCACUGGCCGAUACCAACUUGUCUCAAAAGCUCAUGGAUCUCGUCCAACAAGCAAUGAACUACAAGCAGCUCAAGAAGGGAGCUAAUGAGGCAACUAAGACUCUCAACAGAGGAAUCGCCGAGGUCAUCGUCAUGGCUGCUGACGCUGAGCCGUUGGAGAUUCUUCUCCAUUUGCCACUUCUCUGCGAGGACAAGAACGUUCCAUACGUUUUCGUUCGUAGCAAGGCUGCUCUUGGACGCGCUUGCGGAGUCACUCGUCCGGUUAUCGCUGCUUCUAUCACUCAAAACGAAGGAUCUCAGCUCAAAUCUCAAAUUCAGAAAAUUAAGGAGGACGUCGAGAAACUUCUCAUCUAA